GUGACAAACUGUUACGCGAUUCCGUUCAGUGAGCAGAAGGAAGACACUCCGGAGCUGGACGAUGGUUUCAAUCAAACAAUGCUGAUGAUGAUGAAACGCGCUACGCCAUCCGAACAGCCUGUCGGAUGGUUUUAUACGAAUGCUGACCUAUCGUCGCAUUGUCUGCCAUAUCAUGAUUACUACAAUCGUUUGAUCAGCGAAUCGUCGGCAAAGAAGGAACCGCCACCAGUUAUUCUGCUUACGGUCGACACGACAUUUAGCUCAGUGGACGAGAGCUAUCGUAUGCCAGUACGAGCAUAUAUAAGCGAAUCGUCGGCAAAGAAGGAACCGCCACCAGUUAUUCUGCUUACCGUUGAUACGACAUUUAGCUCAGUGGACGAGAGCUAUCGUAUGCCAGUACGAGCAUAUAUAAGUCGUGAUCCGCACUGUGCCGUUUUCAAUCCACUUCGCGUGGAAUUCGAUGCUUUCCCAGGUGAAGGUGUUGCGUUGAAUUUAGUACAAGGUGGUACUGCACCAACAAACAAGCAGCGCGAAGUGGCCCUGGAAAUACAAGGUGGUACUGCACCAACAAACAAGCAACGCGAAGUGGCAUUGGAAAGUGGUUUAGAGCAGCUGAGAAAAAGUACCGGAGAAAUUUUGAUAUGGCUCGAAAGACUUCUGGAAUACGUGAAUGAGGUACUUGCGAAGCCGGAACUCCCGGUUGAUUCGACACUUGGACGUCGCAUGAUGGAUAUUGUGAAUACGGCAGCAGCGCAUAUGUCGGAGGAAAAAUUAGAUUUUAUAGUUAAAAACAGCUUAAGGGUACUUGCGAAGCCGGAACUCCCGGUUGAUUCGACGCUUGGACGACGAAUGAUGGAUAUUGUGAAUACGGCAGCAGCGCAUAUGUCAGAGGAAAAAUUAGAUUUUAUAGUUAAAAACAGCUUAAGGGUGAGUCUUUUCCCUCAAAAUUACUGA